GAAGUUUAUUAUGUAUAUUUCAUCCGGUCGGAAGUCUUCUUUCGGGAUUCCURCAGGAAAGGUUUGGAAGAAAACAAUGCAUAAUUUUCGCCAACUUCCCCAGUAUUUUGGGUUGGAUUUCAUUAUACUACACGCACUCYGUGGUUUCACUUUACAUGUCGACCGUACUAAUGGGAUUGAGCAUAGGAUUCAGCGAAGCCCCGAUAUUUUCUUACGUAGGAGAAAUAACUGAACCGAGGCUCAGGGGAACGAUGGCUUCGUUGACAUCUACAGCUCCUAUGUUCGGAGCAUCGUUAUUAUUCACUUUGGGGUAUUUAUUUGAAUGGCAAACUGUCGCAUUGCUGAGUACAAUUAGUCCGAUCACCAGUAUAUGCCUUGUCAUGUUGAUUCCAGAGUCCCCUAUAUGGUUGAUUUCUAAAGGAGAAACUGAAAAAGCCGAAAAGGCUUUGUGUUGGUUAAGAGGAUGGRUGAAACCUGAAGAGGUCAAAACAGAAUACCUCGAACUUGUCCGCUAUAAUGAAUUAUCUGGAACUCAACGGAUAGCACCUGAUGCCAACCAUCAUAAAAAUUUCUUUUCAAAAUUAUCCCAAUUUAAGGACCCGUCGGUAUUCAGACCUCUUGGACUAAUCAUAUUUUAUUUCUUCGUUUCCAUUUUGGUGAGCGGCAUACCUUGUAGACCGUUUAUCAGUAAGAUUAUGAUAGAAGUGGGUUUAUCGAAUAAUCAAAGUUUGUUACUGGUUGUUUUCGCUUUACUAUCAAAUAUCGGAUGCGUGAUUGUAGUCUUGAUCGUCCAUUAUCUAGGAAAAAGAUUUUUGACUAAUUUGACAUUUUCAUUUAACACAUUAUUACUGUUUCUAUUCGGAAUUUACAUUAUAGCCAUUAAGAACGGCUAUAUCUGCUCAACUCCUUGGAUUCCUACAACUAUAUUAUGCGGCAUUUACUUUUUUGGAGGUUCAAUUAUUAUUUUGCCAUGGAUGGUACUAGGUGAAGUUUUUCCGAACAAGUAGGUACACUAGGUACAGCCAACAAAAAUCUAAUGU